GACUGCCUGGUUGAGAGGUGUUCACUGGCAGACGUGUUCUCGCUACAGGAAGGUGACGUUGUGUGUUUCACUUUCCCCUGUGUACCUUGACGCCCAAUCACUUACCAAGGGUUUCGAGUAAGGCUGAAGGACAACAUGAAGGUGAUGCUGGUGUUGGCGGCGGUGCUCGCUUCCUGCCUUGCCAUCCCACUAGAAGACCCUGUGGCAGGCCUUAGUGAGGGUGCAAAUUGUGUCCCUGGGUCACGCUGGAAAAAUGACUGCAACUGGUGUAGUUGUACUGAAACUGGCAUUGGCAUGUGUACUUUGAUGGCCUGUGUGCCAGAAUUUAAUGUUGAACCUGAGGAGCUUGUAUGUGAAGGUGACGCCAGAUGGAAGUUUGAUCAUUGUAACUGGUGCAGUUGUGUCAAUGGCACUGGUGUUUGUUCCAAGAAAAUCUGUGAACAAGAGUGCAAGGGCGACCCUAAUACUAGCCGUUGGAGGGUGGAAUGCAACUGGUGUCGAUGCAUAAGUGGAUAUGGAGUUUGCACCCGCAAGGGAUGCCCAAAAGUUAUUAUGGACCGACUAGAUAAUACAAAUGAGUGUGAAGGAACACCAGAGUGGAAGAAGGACUGCAACACCUGCAAUUGUGUUAGUGGCAGAGCAGUGUGCACUACCAAGUAUUGUGGGGCUUCUCCUGACACACCAAAUACCACUGGCAUAGAGGUAAACCAGGAAGAGCGUACUUGUACUGAAGGAUCAAGGUGGCGAGUAUCUUGCAAUUGGUGCUUUUGUGCAAAUGGAGUUAGCAGCUGCACAAAAUUAGGAUGUCGACCAGAUCAUGAUCUACUAGCGCUUGAGUCAGGUGAAGCAAAUUGUGUUGGUGACUCUAAAUGGAAAGUAGGUUGCAACUGGUGCUCAUGUCAUAAUGGCAGAGGAAUGUGCACAAAAGAUGGCUGUUUUGAAGAGUCUAAAAUGGGCCUUGGAGUGGUGGUAAAUCAGAUGGAAGAAGCAGUUUGUACUGAAGGAUCCAGCUGGCGAGAGUCUUGCAAUUGGUGCAUCUGUCAAAAUGGAACAACAGCGUGUACCCAAAUAGCAUGUCCUCCUGAUUAUGUGAGUGAUGAACCUGAGUGUGAGAAUGGUUCUCACUGGAAGAUGGACUGCAACUGGUGUGAUUGUUAUAAUGGCGUGGCUUACUGUCAAAGAAAGGCCUGCUUCUCUGCAAAUCAAGCUGGCUCAACCGUUGAAGUGGAGGGAGACGCAACUUGCCUUGAAGGGUCUCGUUGGCGUCAGUCAUGUAACUGGUGUCAGUGCCUAGGGGGAAGAGGAUCGUGCACUGAGAUAGGAUGCCAAGCUGAUUACCAAACUGAGGAGGCAGAAUGUGAUGUUGGUGCUCAGUGGAAGAAGGAUUGCAAUUGGUGCACAUGUUAUGAAGGCCGUGCUAUAUGUUCUAAGUUAUCUUGUGAUGGAUUCGAAGUGCCGGUACAACAGAGAGAAGCAAACUGCACCGAAGGGUCUCGUUGGCGUCAAUCAUGCAAUUGGUGUGAGUGUCUUGGGGGAAGAGGAGAGUGUACUGCAAAUAUAUGCCUAGUUGAUUUUCAGACUGAGGCAGCAGAAUGUGAAGCUGGAGCUCGAUGGAAAAAGGAUUGCAAUUGGUGCAACUGUCGGAAUGGUCGUGCUUCUUGUUCUAAGUUAGGCUGUGUGGUGCCACAGAAUGGUGACCUUGUCUGCACGGAGGGGAAAUCAUGGAGAGAAAACUGCAAUAUAUGUCGGUGCUCAUAUGGGCGUACCAUUUGUACAACAGAACUUUGUGCUGAACCAGACGCAGCAAACCUCAAAUGCAGAGGAGAAACGAAGGAUGGUUGCAGCGUCCCAGAGCUGCCACCACAUUGUAAACUGCCCCCUGUAUCUACUGAUGGUCCAGCCUGUGAGGACCUUCUCAAUAUGAGAAUGUGGACAUAUGACUUUAUAAGUGAAAAAUGCAAGGAAACAGUUUAUGGAGGCUGUGGAAGAACAAAGAACUUGUAUGAAACAGAGGCAGAGUGUAGGGCCUCAUGCAAACUUGUCAGCAGUCUCAGAACUUAUGCAGUUGACACAAAACCUGAGAAAUGUUUCAAGAAGCAUGACAUAGGACCAUGUUUUGCAUCAUAUGUUCGCUUCGCAUACAAUGCAGAGAGUGGUCAGUGUGAAGAAUUCCUGUAUGGAGGUUGUCAGGGCAAUGCCAACAGGUUCCUUUCACUUGAAGAAUGCCAGCAAGAGUGUGGAGGAGUCACAACAGCCGCUGAAUCUUCAUGUGAUAGAUCUGAGUGCCCGUGGAAGAGAUGGGGUCAUUAUUUUACCAAGAAUUGUCUGCCCCAGUAUGAGAGAGGCUCAUGCUGCCCUACCAGCUUCUCUUGCCCAAAUGAAACUUCGUCAGACCCAAUGAACUGUUACUUCAAAGGCAAGGCUUAUGCAGUAGGUAGUAGUGUACCGGUGGACAACUCUUGCUCUGUUGGAUGCUUUUGUGCAGAAUCACGUAACCCAGGAAAUCUAGCGACGAUAGUAUGUGCUGACAUAGAUUGUCCAGGUCACUUGCAGGCUGGCUGUCGACCUCUGUACAGGCCUGGCGACUGUUGCCCCUACGACUAUGAAUGUGUUGAUCCUGACACACCACCUCAGCUGGACUCUCGUUCUCUCACCUGCAUCUGGAACAACAAAACCUAUCUUGAAGGUGAUCAAAUGUUCUUCGAUGAUCUUCCCUGCCAGGAGUGUGUGUGUAGCCCAGACUUUACAGACCCACAUGGGCUUGGGUGUUCCAGAAUAACUUGUGGGCUGGAAUUCGGGAAUGCCUAUGAAUAUUCUCAAGGCUGCGUUCCCAUCUAUUUUGAAGAAAGAUGUUGCUCAAUUGACUGGCUUUGCCCUGAUGACAACCGCAUUCUGCCACCUCAACCCAAAGAGCAGGACCCAGGCAGUGAACAUGACCAGGAAGCUGGUAUUGUGAAUGUUUGCACGUUGCCCAAGGAUUCUGGUCCAUGUGCAGAAGACACGACCCGUAUUUAUUAUGAUGCGGAGGCAUCACAGUGUAGGCAGUUCUCAUAUGGAGGAUGUGAUGGCAACAAUAAUAACUUCUUAGACUUUGAGGAGUGUCAUCAAUUGUGCAGCAAAACACCUAAACCCUCCGAGUCAGAGUGCAUUGUGGGUGGAGAGACCCCGAAGGUACCCACACCUCCACACUGUGUGAAGGUGACAGGCGUGUUGGAUCACCAGUUCCCAAACAGGAUGACCUUGCAGGUGGAAUGGUCAGCUCCUGAGUGCCCACAUGGCCACAUUGUUGCUUAUUGGGUAUUGUAUCAUGUGAAUCUACAUCAUGAUGCUAAUGGCCACACUGAAUGGACAAGACUAAGGAUCCACGGUGACCUGAGAACGCAGGCCAUUCUUGAUGGGCUAGAUCCCAUGCAGACAUAUGUUGUAGGAGUAGCAGCCCAGAAUGCCCAUGGCCACAGUGAUGUCUCACAUCAAGUGGUCUUCAGUUUAAUACCCUCAGCGGAACCAUUGGAAUGUUAUCUAGGCGUUCUUAACAUUGCACUUGGGUCAACCCUCAACACAAGUGAGUGCACAUUAGACUGCAAGUGCAUAACACCGCCAGAGGUCACAUGUGUCCAGUACAGAUCUUGCACAUUAGCUCAAGAAACCCAGGAUGCUCAGGCAUGUGCCAAGCCUUCCUGUGCCAGUGGAUGUAACACCGUUAUGGAGGCUGCAUCUGGGUGUUUCACUUGUCUGUGCAGUGAUGAAAGCUUCUCAUGUCCACCACAAACUUGCCCUGAUAAUUGCAAAACUGUUCUUGAUCUUCAAACGGGUUGUCCCUCUUGUGAAUGUUACUGCAAAUAUGACACUGAAGGGGAGCCUCUAUGUCCGAUGAACUGCUCUGUUUAUGUAUUUGUUGAUCAAGUCACAGGAUGCAAAACAUGUGAGUGUAAUCCUGAUAGCCCUGGCAGUCCAUUUUUCCACACUACAGCUGGAGAACAUCACCCCUGCCCCAAAGAUCAUAUUGAUCAUGCAUCCUGUCCUCUAAACUGCACAGUUCAUUGGGUAAUGGAUGAGAAUUUAGGUUGUGAUAAAUGUGAAUGUGUGUCAGAUGACUCCCAUAAAGUUUCUCCUCAUCUUGGUGAAAUUUGUCCUGUGGAUCACACUGGCCAGGCCCCUUGUCCCAUGGACUGUGCUAUUCGAAGGGUGGUGGAUAAGGAAACUGGCUGUGAAAUGUGUGAAUGUGAUCCAAAUAAUCCAGGUCAUCCAUUUGGUCCUCUCAUAAUUCCUCCUCCUUCUCUUGUUGAUAACUGCCCCACAGACUACACAGGUCAUGCCCCUUGUCCCAUGGACUGUGCUAUUCGAAGGGUGGUGGAUAAGGAAACUGGCUGUGAAAUGUGUGAAUGUGAUCCAAAUAAUCCAGGUCAUCCAUUUGGUCCUCUCAUAAUUCCUCCUCCUUCUCUUGUUGAUAACUGCCCCACAGACUACACAGGUCAUGCCCCUUGUCCCAUGGACUGUGCUAUUCGAAGGGUGGUGGAUAAGGAAACUGGCUGUGAAAUGUGUGAAUGUGACCCAAAUAAUCCAGGUCAUCCAUUUGGUCCUCUCAUAAUUCCUCCUCCUCCUGGCAAUAAAUGAUCUACAGAUUACAUGAACCAAGCCCGUUAUCCUAUGGGCUAUACAGCUCAUAUUGUGGUGAAUGAAGAAACAAGCUUCAAAAGGCAUGUGUGACCUAUACAGUCUGGGUCAUUCAUUUGGGCCCCACAGUGUCUGUCCCCUUUCAAAGCAUAAUUAACUUAUAAAGUAAAAGACAACAGUCUGCUUGCCUUCUUGCAUGAUGUGCCUAUGUUGUAGUACCUUAGAGUAUAGGUUUAACUUUUCAAUAUGAUUGUAAUUUUGCAAAUGCCCUUCAGGUAUCUUCAGAUUAGUGUGUGCAAUUACAAACCAUGUUGCUGUGUAAGUUUUAAUUGAGAGGCAUUUAUAUUCAUAUUAUAUUGUACACUAGCUAAAACAACUAUCUGUGCAGGUGGGGGUCGAUAUGCUAUGAAAUCGUACAUGUGACUAGUGGCAGCCCUCAUAUACCAAAAUUUAUCGUCCAUGGUCUUAUAUUGUUUCCCACAAAGUAUGCACAGAUAGUUAUUUUAGCUACUGUACAUUGAUAUAAAAUUAAAUGAAGAAUCAAGAUGAGAUGUUUAUAGUAAAAUUCAUGGUAAA